UGAUCAAUCAAAGUACAAAACAGAGACGAACUAUUUUAUAAUUUUUUUUCAAAUUAUUUAAUGUUUUUUGUGAAUAAAAUAGUUUGAAGGAAAAUGCACAAUUUUCUACGACUUGUAAGCCCGAUUUCAAGAAGUCCACGUCUCGAAUUAUCACGAAUUCAGGUUCGACGCCUCGCUGUAUGUGUGACACCACUGAGUGAACCAUUAGAUGACCUUGAAGUCGACAAACCCACACCAGUCCCAUAUUCAUCUGAUGUCCAGGUGACCACAUUAAGUAAUGGACUGAAAGUGGCUUCAGUUGACUGUGCUGGACCCACAGCAAGGAUUGGAUUAUUCUUUAAAUCCGGCAGUCGAUAUGAAAGCUUUCAAGAAAGUGGUAUAUCACAUGUGUUACGGGUUGGUGCUUUCCUGACCACUUCAGAUCACACAGGAUUUCACAUCUCCAGAACAAUGGAAGAAAAUGGCAUUAAUUUAGAAGCAUCUUCUACCAGAGAACAGCUUGUUUAUUCAGCUCAAUGCUUGAAAGAUGACGUGGGUCUUCUUAUCCCGUACCUUUCAAACGUUGUUGCAGCCCCGGAAUUCCGACAGUGGGAGCUUGAAGAUAUUGUAGAAAAUAUUGAAUUGGACUUGGCUAUGGCCAAAACUAAUCCACAAAUAGGAUUAAUUGAAGAGCUACACAGAGUUGCCUAUAGAAAUGGCCUACGAAAUUCAAUCUAUUGCAAACCAAGCAAAACCAAUAAGUUUACAACAGAAAUGCUCCUAAAGUUCACAAAAGACUCAUUCGUUGGUAACCAAAUGGCUUUAGUUGGUGUCGGAGUCAACCAUGACAGUUUGGUUGGUUUAUGCAAGUCAUAUCUCUCAGGAAUUCCUGCAGGAAAUUCUGCAAUUGCUGAGAAGCCAAUUUAUUCUGGAGGUGAGGUUCACUGUGAACAACCACAAAAUCUGGUUCAUGUUGCUCUCGCUUGUGAAGGAGCAAGUAUUGCUGACAAGAAUUACCUUGCAUUUGGUGUUUUACAACGUGUUCUUGGUGUGACACCAUUUAUCAAGUGGGGAACCAAUACAACCUCAUCUAGGAUAAAUAAGGCUGUACAGGGGGUCACCGAUGGUCCAUUCAUGGGCUCAACAAUCAACAUAAACUAUUCUGAUUCUGGUCUGUUCGGUUUCUAUGCGGCAGCCAGUCCUAAGGAUGCAACCAAGGUAACUCGAGCAAUCGUGGAUCAGUUUUCGAAAAUCUCCAAAGGAGAUGUCUCAAAAGAAGAAAUUGAGAGGGCUAAAAAUCAACUGAAGUCUAGCAUACAAAUGGCAAACGAAAGCUAUGCUGACAGACUCGAAGAUAUUGGCACACAGGUUUUACAAAGUGGAUCCUACACCUCUCCUGACGCGUGUUCACAGUCGUUGGACAAAAUCACAUCCGAAGAUGUUGUGAAUGCUGCGAAACAGAUCUUUGCCAAGAGGGCUAGCCUGGCCGUGAUGGGAGAGAGCGAAGCCUUACCUCAUCUUGAAGAUCUAUUAUGAUAUGAACUAUAGUAUUUGAUUUGCAUGUUAUCCGCAUGUAGCAAAGUUGUUUAUUGAAAUUUUGUUUAAUAAAGUUUUAAUGUGAA